CCUUUUUUGCGAUUUAGGGUUUAGGGCAUGGAGAAGCGCAAAGCGCAAGUGCCGCUAGUCUGCCACGGCCACUCCCGCCCGAUCGUCGAUCUCUUCUACAGCCCUGUCACCGCUGAUGGAUUCUUCCUCAUCAGCGCCAGCAAAGAUGGAAAGCCAAUGCUAAGAAAUGGGGGCACUGGCGAUUGGAUUGGAACGUUCGAGGGACACAAGGGUGCUGUCUGGGCUGCCUGCCUCGACACACCCGCAUUGAGAGCAGCCACCGCUUCUGCCGAUUUUAGUGCGAGAGUGUGGGACGCUCUGACGGGAGAUGAAUUGUACUCUUUCGAGCACAAGCACAUCGUUCGAACGUGUGCUUUCUCCGAGAGCACGACACUCUUGCUCACAGGUGGUCAAGAGAAGAUCCUUAGGAUCUAUGAUUUGGAGAGGCCAGAUGCGGCUCCAACAGAGAUGGAAGGCUUGACAAGCACCAUAAGAUCAGCGGUAUGGCACCACAGUGACCAAACCAUUCUGAGCUCGUGUAACGAUACUGGCAGCGUGCGGUUGUGGGACGUGAGAACAAAAACCACAGUCCGGCAGCUCGAGACAAAGUCGCCGUGCACGAGUGUUGAGGUGAGCCGCGACGGCCGAUACAUCACAACCGCGGAUGGCAACAGCGUCAAGUUCUGGGAUGCCAAUCACUUUGGCAUGGUAAAAUCGUUUACCAUGGCUCGGCCUAUGGAGUCGGCGUCGCUAUACCCGGCCCUGGGGAAGUUCGUGGCUGGAGGGGAUGAUAUGUGGGUGCGAGUGUUCGAUUUCUACACCGGGGAAGAGAUUGAAUGCUGCAAGGGUCACCACGGGCCGGUCCAUUGCGUGCGAUUCUCACCGGGCGGUGAAUCGUUUGCGUCGGGCUCCGAGGACGGGACGAUUCGCAUAUGGCAGACUGGUGAAAGCGGCGGCGGCGGUGGAGGUGGUGGUGGCGGUGGUGGCGCUGAAGAAAGCGGGAGUGCACCGCCGAAAAUCACUGUCAGUGCCGAGGAUGUAGCUCGCAAGGUGGAAGGCUUCCACAUCGAGCUAUGAUCCAAAACAAAUAAACGUUUAAAGAGCGUUUAGUGGAGCUUAGGUUUAGGGGGGAAAUUUAAAUUUUAGGGUUUUCAUAUA